AUGACGUCAGCCCCGCUGUUGUCGUCCGGCAUCCCCUCUCCCCAACAUUACAAAUUCGCUACAUGUUCCAAAUCCUGGCUUUCUUUGUCACCGAAAGCUUCAACCACACCAACUGGACAUAUGGGCGACGUUGAACUUAGGUCCCUUCCCAGGGGUGCAUCCGAUACUCGCUACAGACUCAGUCUUGGCAUGGUCGUGAUGCCAGAUGUGCGAGACGACAAUGCCUGGAACACAAUCGUUGAAAAUGGAAUUCCUCAUUACGACCAAUGGUCGUCUCAAGGCGUCGUGUCGAACGAAACGCGUUCUUUUGCAUUAUCUUACAAGCACACAGAACACGACUUCGGAAAACUAUCGCAUGAACAGGCUAACGAAUUGCGUCGUGUUCUGACGAAACUCGUUGGCACUGGUCCGAACAAAUCCGUACUUUGGGUAGACAGUAUGUACAUGAUGCGGGAGGGGAUGGGUUUGCAAGAUUUUAGUUCCAGGUGGGUCCAAUAUGGACUUCAGCCGUACUGUUCUUUACCAGUCAUCAGACUUGCUCCUCAGUGGGAUAACGUGCACCCCGAUUCUAACAAACGAAGUGCGUGGCUAUGGCUGGAGCGGACUCUAGGUAAGCGCAACAAAGGAGUGCAUUCUGCAGAAGGUUUCGAGAAGGUGUCCAGUGCAGGAUUGAGCGUAAAGGACGCACUGGGGCUUUGGUUGGAUGUUGAUAGCGAAUAUGGAUUCCGGCGCUCUGACGAGGAAGUUGUUCGGGCAGAGAUUGAUGGGAGGUCCCUCGAUGCAUCAGCAACUUUUUUGUGUCCCGGAAGGACCUCUUGUAUUGCUUAUAUGCUUGAAAAGCAGAACAGUCCAUGCGGAGGGACAUCGCCUGAGUGCGUUCAACUUGCAAAGUCUACUAACGGAUCCUAUCUGCUGAAGCAGGGUAAGUUGAUCCUUUCCACAGUAGGACGAAUUGCGCAUUGUGUACUAAAUGUGAUUGAACAAAGUGAUGAAAAAGGCGAUGUCUUCCUCCAACGACAGGAUUUGUCGAGGGAAGAAUUGCAAGAAUUCACCAAGGUUCUGGCAUCAGGAAAGCUUCCUUUCAAAAAUGUCCGCUGGCUUGGUCUCGACCGCUUUCAGUAAUUUCGUCAUGUGUCGGAUUCUACAAUUCAGGAGUGUCAACGCUCGGCUCGACAAUAUGGAAUACUUUCGUUACGUCCCCGCUAUGCAUCAGAACCGCCGCUCUUCGUGGUAAGGAUGUCCUCAACUGCAUUUUGUAGCAUCCAGGCAUACCAUCGCCGCACACCUGGCUGUUUUCAGUUUCAGGCCCUUGCGAUGUAGUUUUCGUCGCAGUCGGUCCCGGCAGUCGGUCCCGGCAGUCGGUCCCGGUGGCAUCCACUCAUCCCCUCUACCGUACCUUCGGAAUGUUACUCCCGAUCCAUUCCUGUACACCGAAGCGCAUAUUGUUCACGGUGGAGUAGUUUGUUAAAAAAAUUGCCGACGGUUCUUGAUCUCGAUACUAAACGUUGCCAUGAAUAGGGCGCCCUCCAUUUCGAGCUUCCUGUACUGUUGCUCGUUGGACCAAUAUCUGCAA